CAACCUUCCAAAACAAUAGUAGGAGUGUCGGUGUGUUUUGCAGCCCAACCUUUUUUCCCUUUUUUCACACGGCCGUGACGAUACUGAGUGAUGGAAGACGUCAAACUUUUCCUAGACUCUUGUUUCGAAGCAACCAUAUUCUGCUACUGCCUGAAAACUGCCAUUUUUCACUAGCUUCGGAUAUUACCCCGAGACAAUAUUGCAUCGAUACAUGUAUCCAUGGGCUUCCGAGCCCCUUUGUUUUCACAACAAACUACAAAACUAGAACUAGCUUAGCUGUAUUUGGUUAGCUAAUUGCAGACUAGUGGUGGUGGACACAGCGUCCUUUUUUGGGGACAAGCUAGAAUAGUUUUAGGCGACUAGAACUAGACUUCCUGUUGCAUGACAUCCAUUGAUGUAAGUUUUAUGUGAGCGGGGGACGUCGCUUUACGCCCACGGACUAAAUGUGGGUGAUAAACCUUCUUCGGUGACACCACCCCUGUCCCCCCCCCCCCCCCCCCUCACCUCUGGAAGCUUCUAGCAGCAUGGCUGCGGAGCUGUACCCCAACACGGCGAAGAAAGCGACUUCUGUCUCCUCUCAGACUACCUCCUCCUCUUCCUCCUCCUCGUCUGCCGUGCAACAGUACCAGCAGCAGAACAUCAGCAACAACAACACCGUCCAGAGCUGUAACUGGCAAGGGUUGUACCCCACCAUCAGAGAGAGGAACUCUGUCAUGUUCAACAACGAGUUGAUGGCUGAUGUGCACUUUGUGGUGGGACCCCCGGGAGCCACGCAGAGGGUACCAGGACACAAGUAUGUUCUAGCGGUGGGGAGUUCCGUGUUCCACGCCAUGUUCUACGGGGAGCUGGCGGAGGACAAGGAUGAGAUCCGCAUCCCCGAUGUGGAACCCCCCUCCUUCCUCGCCAUGCUGAAGUACAUCUACUGUGACGAGAUCGACCUGUGUGCGGACACGGUGCUGGCCACCCUGUACGCGGCUAAGAAGUACAUCGUGCCGCACCUGGCCCGCGCCUGCGUCUCCUUCCUGGAGACCUCCCUCAGCGCCCGCAACGCCUGCGUGCUGCUCUCCCAGAGCUGUCUCUUCGAGGAGCCUGAGCUCACCCAGCGCUGCUGGGAGGUCAUCGACGCACAGGCUGAGCUGGCUCUCCGCUCCGACGGCUUCUGUGACAUCGACGCUCCAACGCUGGAAAGCAUCCUGCGCCGGGAGACGCUGAACGCCAAGGAGACGGCCGUGUUCGACGCCGCGCUACGCUGGGCCGAGGCCGAGUGCGGCCGCAAAGGAGCUCAGGCCAGUACCGAGAACGUCCGAGAGGCUCUCGGCGAAGCGUUGUACCUCAUCCGAGUUCCGGCCAUGCCGCUGGACGACUUCGCUAACGGUCCGGCGCAGUCGGGAGUCCUGACUCUGGCAGAGACUAAUGAUGUUUUUCUUUGGCACACGGCAGCAAGGAAACCGGCGCUGAGGUUCGUGCAGGAGCCGCGGGCUGGCCUGGCCCCACAACGCUGUCACCGCUUCCAGUCUUGCGCGUAUCGUAGCAACCAGUGGCGCUACCGGGGGCGAUGCGACAGCAUCCAGUUCGCCGUGGACCGUCGCGUCUUCGUGGCCGGGUUCGGCCUCUACGGGUCCAGCUGCGGAUCGGCGGAAUACAGCGCGCGCAUCGAGCUGAAGCGACAAGGUGCGACCCUCGGAGCUAGCGUGGCUAAGUACUUCUCAGACGGUUCCAGCAGCACGUUUCCCGUCUGGUUCGAGCACCCGGUGCAGAUAGAGCCAGACACGUUUCACACGGCCAGCGUGGUUCUGGACGGGAACGAGCUGAGUUAUUUUGGGCAGGAGGGCAUGACCGAGGUGCAGUGCGGCAAGGUCACCUUCCAGUUCCAGUGUUCCUCAGACAGCACUAACGGAACCGGAGUCCAGGGUGGACAGAUUCCGGAACUCAUAUUCUAUGCCUGACCCUGAGGAAUGUUGUUGGGGAAAGAUUCCAGAAUCUGUUUCCCACAACUAAAAAUGGGUGAAAGAGAUUCUUGAACAUGUGGUCUAGAUUUGAGGAGAAAGGUUGGAGGACUAGGUCCCCUCAGACUCCUAUCCUUCACCCAAGGAAUAUGGUAACAGGUUCCAGAACUUGUACUUAAUGCCUGAAGAAGUGGAGUGGGGAGGAGGGAAGGGACAUUCUAGAACUUAGCUUUUAUGCCUGAAGACAAUGUUGAAGGUUGCAAAACAUAUCCUCUACAUUUGAAGAAGGGGUGGGGGAUGGGGGGCAAAUUUGAGAACUUGUACUACCACUUGCCUAAGAGAAGUCGGGGAAAUUGUUGUAUUCUUCAUUUGAGGAAGAACAACAAGCAGAGAGGUGACAAUGAGAAGGAUACACAGAACGAGAUGGAGAGAAGGGUAGGUUAGGGUAGG